GCCGCUGCCGAGGGGUGGGGAUUUGCCCUUUGGACGUGUCAUGUAUUGUAUCGUUCUUACAGCCAAUCGUUUCAUCGAAUGUUCCAAGAGUUUAAAAACUCUGUUUCAACAUCUUGUGACUGACAGCAAAAGCAGGAACACGGACAAACCAGCAGGACAUGAGUGCUCCAGCUGCCGGCUACGAAACCCCAGCGCCAAGUCCUCUCAGUCAGCCCGUGCCAUUGUCUGAACUGGAAAUCACACACACAAAGAUCUUCAUAAAUAAUGAAUGGCAUAAUUCCAGCAGCGGCAACAAGUUUGCAACCUACAACCCGGCCACUGGAGAGAAAAUCUGUGACGUGGAAGAAGGCGAUAAAGUGGAAGUUGAUAAGGCUGUAAAGGCAGCCAGAGAUGCCUUUCAGAUUGGAUCAGUGUGGCGCAGGAUGGACGCUUCUCAAAGAGGAAGGCUCUUAAAUAAACUUGCUGAUCUAAUGGAACGAGAUCGUGUUGUACUGAGUACAAUAGAAUCUAUUGAUGCUGGAAAGCUCUUCCUUCAAGCAUACUUUAUUGACUUAGAUGCUUCAAUUAAAACAAUACGUUACUAUGCUGGCUGGGCUGACAAAAUCCAAGGAUACACAAUUCCUGUUGAUGGUGAUUAUCUCACAUUUACAAGACAUGAGCCAAUUGGGGUGUGUGGCCAAAUUAUACCCUGGAACUUCCCGCUGCUGAUGUUUGCAUGGAAGCUUGCUCCUGCUCUUUGCUGUGGCAACACAGUGGUUAUUAAACCAGCUGAACAAACUCCUCUGACUGCACUGUACAUGGGAGCAUUAAUCAAAGAGGCAGGAUUUCCCCCAGGGGUGGUGAAUAUUGUGCCAGGAUAUGGAAGAACUGCAGGAGCAGUUAUGGCCAGCCAUAUGGACAUAGAUAAAAUCGCCUUCACUGGUUCUACUGAGACUGGUAAACUAAUACAGGAGGCUGCUGGCAAGAGUAAUCUAAAGAGAGUAACACUGGAACUUGGAGGGAAGAGCCCAAACAUCAUAUUCGCCGAUGCAGACUUGGACUAUGCCGUGGAGCAAGCUCAUCAUGGUCUGUUCUUCAAUCAGGGACAGUGCUGUUUGGCAGGAUCCAGAAUAUUUGUGGAGGAAUCAAUCUACAAAGAAUUUGUUUGCAAGAGCAUCACCCUCGCACAGAAGUAUGUUAUUGGAGAUCCCCUAAAUGAAGCCGUCACCCAUGGACCACAGAUUGAUAAAAAGCAGUACGAUAAAAUUCUCGAUUUAAUUGAGAGUGGGAAGAAAGAAGGAGCUAAGCUGGAAUGUGGAGGUUUGCCAUGUGGAGAUAAAGGCUUCUUCAUUCAGCCUACAGUUUUCUCAGAAGUUACAGAUGAAAUGCGCAUUGCCAAGGAAGAGAUCUUUGGACCGGUGCAACAAAUAAUCAAGUUUAAAACAGUUGAAGAAGUCAUUAAGAGAGCUAACAACACCCACUAUGGCUUAGUUGCUGCAGUUUUCACCAAAGACAUCAAUAAAGCACUAACCUUGGCUUCAGCUCUUCAAGCUGGGACUGUGUGGGUUAAUUGUUACAAUGCAUUGCAUGUUCAGAGUCCUUUUGGAGGAUUUAAAAUGUCUGGAAACGGUAGAGAAAUGGGAGAAUAUGGUCUUCAGGAAUACACCGAAGUUAAGACCAUCACCAUCAAAAUUCCACAGAAGAAUUCUUAAAGUAUUGCACAUUAAAAUAGUUGAAGAAUAGAAAGAGACUGUGAUUUGAGAUUUGUAAAGUCUAAAGUUAAACAUCACAUUUCAUCUGUGUAGUUUCACAAUAAAUGCAGCAGCUGUACUCAAUUCUCUAUGAAAAAAUGUAUCAAAGUAGAAUUUUGCUGUUAGUAUUUACACGGCAAAACAACAAUUAGAAAUAUGGUUCUACCAUUUUAUAGUUUGGAAGUUUUGUUUUGAGCAUUUCAAGUUUUUAUCACAAUAAACGAUUGAUCUUAUGUAACUUUGUCAAUCAAACUAGAGGUCCGUUUCCUCGAUAUUUGCCUCAAUUUACAAAUCCAUCAAAAUAGCUUUGAAAUACAUUUACUUGUCUGCCUGGUGAAGUGCACAUCUUUGUCCUGUAUAUUGUUUCUUCCUUUAUUUUCCAAUAUUUCUUGAUGGAUAAAGGUAACAUAAAUUGUGUUUAUGAUAUCAGAACAGAAUGAAUAAAAUAUAAUUGCUCUGGCAUCAGAAAAUUUAGAACAAUGCAGGAUCUAUCAGAUUUGACAAGCAAGAUUAAAUCCCUCAGCUAGAUCUAUGGGGACCAGUCACAUAAAUGUUGGAGCUAAAAAGAGCAGGUGAGAAUUUGGGUAUCCCCCAUUGAGUAAUGAACUUUCUGGCUCUCCAAAUCCUAUCCAUCAUCUAUAAAGCACAAGUGUGAUAUAAAAAAAACACUUGUCUUGAUAAAAGAAACUAUGUAUAACUCUAGAGUGAAUGGACAACAAUUUAAAAAAAGGAAAAUGCAAAACUUAGCUCAAAUGCUGAUAAUUGGUAAUGAUGCAAAGAACAAAAGAAAUUAGAAGUAGUAGAACGAGGUGCAAGCAUUAAGCUGUGACUCCAAUGUCACAAUCCUAUAGUGACCUCAAACCUUCAAGGUUACCUCCAUUAUCCUUAUUCUCUGGGAUGCACAUUUCCAGCUAUCAAAGAAUUACAAACCACCAUCACCCAAAAAUUAUCUGUAUGAAAUAUACAAUGCUACUAAAUUUAAGAUACACACACGGAACACUGAAGGAACUCAGCAUGUCAGGCAGCAUCUGUGGAAAAGAGUAAACAGUUAAUGUUUCAGGCCAAGACCAUUCUUCAGGACUGAGAAGGAAGGGGGAAGGUGCCAGAAUAAAAGGAUGUGGGGAAAGGAAAGAGGCUAGCUGGAAGGUGAUAGGUGAAGCUAGAUGGGUGGAAAAGUUCAAGGGCUGGAGAAGAAAGAAUCUGAUAGGAGAUAGCUUAUACAUUGGCCAAGUGGUUAAGGCAUUGGACUAGCAACCCGAAGGUCAUGAGUUCGAGCCCCAGCCAAGGGAACAUGUUGUAUCCUUGAGCAAGGCACUUAAUCACACAUUGCUCUGCAACGACACUGGUGCCAAGCUGUAUGGGUCCUAAUGCCCUUCCCUUGGACAACAGAGACUUGCAGCAUGGGCAACUACUGGUCUUCUAUACAACCUUGCCCAGGCCUACACCCUGGAGAGUGAAGACUUUCUAGGCGCAGAUCCAUGGUCUCGCAAGACUAACGGAUGCCUUUACUUUCAUUAAAAUUUUAAAAAGACUUGUGUGGUAAAAUGCAGCAAAUACUGUAAUUGUGUUUGGUCUGUGCUGCCUCUAUCAAACUGUAGAGCAGUCUACUUCCACUGAAACAACAUUGUUAAGUUUGUAACUGCAGUGGGGGAGGAGAAGUUCUUGGCUGAAGUGAAAAGAAAUGUUUCACUAAUCAACACUCGAUUUGCUCCUGUAAAAUUUGCAUGAAAACAAACAAUACCUAUUUAGGCCCGAACUUCCAAUGAAAAUUCUUUUGUUUGCAGCUAACAAGUAGCUCAUUUAUAAACAACUGCUUGCACCGUUCCCACAGUGAUUCAUGCAAAUAUACAUUAUGAACAUGUGAAUGAGGAGCUGGAGAAGGCCACCCAGCCCCUUAAACCUAGUCUGCCAUUUAACAUGAUGAAGAAUAAUCUGAUUUUAUGUUCCUCUCUCUAUUCCAUAUACCUGCAAAAACCUGUCUUCAAAGUAUUCAAACAUUUUUCCAACAACACUCCUUACAAAAGGGUCCAAAGACUCCAACUCUCUGAGAGAAAAGAUUUCACCCUAUUUCUGUUAAAAUGAGAAAAUUCCUAUUUUUUUAAAAUGAGAAACCUAGUUCUAGAUUCUCCCAUAAAAUGAAUCACUCUUUCCACAUCCAAUUCCUUAAGACUUCCAAGGAUGUUACAGUAAAAUAAUUUCAGGUGGUCUUUUCUUAAGAAAUUAUAAUUAUGGACCAUUUUAAAACCUGAUAGAACUGACUUUACAUCAAAUAUAAUUAACUAAUAUAAAAUCAGACUGAGCCCUGAAUUCUUCAUUCUAAAUGCUCCUUGAAUUUUUAUAUAAAAGUUUUUAACUUAAAUUUUUAGCUACAUAACAAAUAAUUAACAAAAACAGCUACAUAAUAACCAUUGAGGCAUAUACAGUUAACAUUUCUGAUUGAGACUUUCAUCAAGAUUGGAAUGGAAGGGGGAAGAACCCACCCAUCUUCUGUAUUCCUGGCUUCAGCUAUCACCUCAUACUUCCCCUCUCCCCACCUUCUUAUUCUGGCUUCUUGCCUGUCCCUUUCCAAUCCUGAUGAAGGUUCGCAGCCCAAAAUGCCAACCGUUUAUUCUUCUCCAUUGAUGCUGCCUGACCUACUGAGUUCCUCAAGAAUUUUUUCUGUGUUGUUCUGGAUUUUCAGCAUCUGCAGAAUAUCUUGCAUUUAUAGUAAGUGUUAAGAUGAUUUUUAAAAAAUACCCACAUUGAAAUGUCUGCUCUUUAUUAAAGAAAUGCAACAAAGAUUGCAUACACUCACAAAUCG